CAGAGCGUUCUCCUCACAGACCGAUCCUGCAGGCCGGUCUGCCCGCUAACCAGACGGUGGUCGUUGGUAGUGACGUGGAGUUUGUGUGUCGGGUGUUCAGCGACCCGCAGCCUCACAUCCAGUGGCUCAAACACAUCAUCGUCAAUGGCAGCAAGGAGGGACCGGAUGGACACCCCUACGUCCUGAUCCUCAAGAUGGCCGGUUUGAACACCACAGAUAAAGAGAUGGAGGUCCUGACCCUGAGGAACGUGUCUCUGGAGGACGCCGGCGAGUACACGUGUCUGGCAGGAAACUCCAUCGGAGUCUCUCAUCACUCUGCGUGGCUCAAUGUCGUGAACGACCUGCCCCCCUCCCCUCUGCCCUCCCAGACCUACCUGGAGAUCUUCAUCUACUGCCUCGGGUUUUUCAUCAUCAUCAUCCUCACCGUCACCGUGGUGGUCUGCAGACUCUGCUGCUCCCCGAAAAAGAGCGACUUCAGCGGCCAGCUCGCUGUCCAGAAAUUAGCCAAGAGCAUUCCCCUGAGGAGACAGGUGUCGGUCGAGUCCUCGUCCUCCCUGCAUUCAGGAAUGUGUCUGAUGCGUCAGUCUCGUCUCUCCAGUGCGGCCACCACCAUCCUGGCAGGAGUGUCCGAGUACGAGCUGCCCUACGAUCCGCUGUGGGAGCUGCCUCGAGAUCGACUGAUGCUGGGGAAGCCUCUGGGUGAAGGUUGUUUCGGUCAGGUGGUUCUGGCCGAGGCUGUCGGUCUCGACAAAAACAAACCGACUCGCGUCUCUAAAGUCGCAGUGAAGAUGCUGAAAGCGGACGCCACAGAGAAGGACCUGUCCGACCUGAUCUCCGAGAUGGAAAUGAUGAAGAUGAUCGGGAAACACAAGAACAUCAUCAACCUGCUGGGAGCGUGCACGCAGGACGGUCCUCUGUACGUGGUGGUGGAGUACGCCUCGCAGGGGAACCUGAGGGAGUUCCUCCGCACCCGUCGACCCGUUGGCCUGGAGUACUGGAGCGACUCGAGACAGACGCCGCUGGACAGUUUGGAGAUGAGGGAGCUGGUGUCGGCUGCGUACCAGGUGGCCAGAGGGAUGGCGUACCUGGCCUCAAAGAAGUGUAUCCACAGAGACCUGGCAGCCAGAAACGUCCUGGUCACGGAGGACAACGUGAUGAAGAUCGCAGACUUCGGUCUGGCUCGAGACGUCCACCACAUCGACUACUACAAGAAGACGACCAACGGUCGUCUGCCGGUGAAGUGGAUGGCACCAGAGGCUUUGUUUGACCGAGUCUAUACUCACCAGAGCGACGUGUGGUCGUUUGGAGUCUUGUUGUGGGAAAUCUUCACCCUCGGUGGAUCUCCGUACCCUGGCGUCCCUGUGGAGGAGCUGUUCAAGCUGCUGAAGGAGGGCCACCGCAUGGAGAAACCCCCCGCCUGCACUCAGGAGCUGUACCUGAUGAUGAGAGACUGCUGGAACGCCGUCCCGUCUCGCAGACCCACGUUCCUGCAGCUGGUGGAGGAUUUAGACCGAACUCUUUCUCUCAUGUCGAACCAGGAGUACCUGGAUCUGGCCCUGCCUCUGGUCCAGUACUCUACAGUCGGCCCCUCUGCUUCCACUCCCUCCAGUAAUUCCACAUAGGCGUCCUGGGACCGUUUCCCUUCCUGCAUCACCUUCAUCCCGUUUCCUCUGCUGGGGCGGGGCGGCGGCGGCAGAAGUCCCAGACGAAGCUGGUCAGGAGGAGCUCGGUCGAGCCGCUCUGCCGUCGUCUUUCGCAGCCCCCUGAUGUGAAGAACAGCUGGACGGAGCUGGACCGUGUGACUCCCCCUCAACAAGGCCUCAGGAAGCAGCUCGCACACGUCUCCCUCCUGAAGAGACACCGACAGAGGAACCCUGAGAUCCGGACUCUGCUCCUGGUUCUGGUCAUGAUAAUAAUGUUCAGUGUGAAUAUUGUAAAUAAUUGUCUGUGUUCUGGUGGAUUUAUUAGAGAAAUGUGACAUGAGACGAUAAAACAGAAGAAAUAAAACAGCAAAAUCAAAUAAUUGAAUAAAAUACACAGAACUGAAAUAAAUCUAUAAAUACUAAAGAAAAACAAACAUGUUCAUG